AUAAAAUCCCAUACAAUAGCUAGGGCGCCUUGUUAUGAUUUCCUCUAGGAUAGCAUAUCAAAGGCACAGUGGCAACUUGUAUGACAUUAAAGGGACAGACUUUUCGCUACCUCUGACUAUACUGAAUGGUUAAAUAAGGUAUAAAAUAUUCCCAAAUUUUUAGACUCAAUUUCAUUGUGUGCGGCAAGAUGGCAGACGAUCAAACUCAGCACGAUGACCAAUGGGACCCGAGAACUGUGUCCGAGCAACAGUGGGCUAGCAAGGUUACGUUUACAGUGUACGACGCGAGAGCGGAUCCGCAGACUUGUGGGACAGACUACGCCAAAACUACUUUACCAGCAGUACUCGAUUUGCAGCCUUCAGAAAGCAUGGAUGGUGUGAGUGUUGAGCUUUCCAUUGAUUGUAGGCGUAAUUUUUACGCUUCAUUAAAGGCUAAGCCUGUUGGAUUUAUAGGUAUAGAUGGUCUGGUUAAUGUCCUAGCAUGUAAGUUGAGGGCAUUAGUAAAAAGGAAUGGAAACACCGUGUCGUCAACGGAAGAUGAUUUCUCCAGCGACAAAAAAGGACGAACUUCGCCGAAAUGUAGCUUAGGUGCACGUGACAAGCAAACGAGCCAUUUUUUGUUGAAUGUGAACCACGCGCCUGGGAAUUCUCAGUCACAGUGUAAAUUGAACUCGAAUGAAGGGCCGCUCGAUCUUUCUAUCAACGGCAUGUUCAUCGAGCCUGGUUUGGAUUCAUAUUCGGAAGCAAGACGAAGUGGCAUGACAAGGCAUAAUGAGGUUCAUAGUCCAAGUCAAAUUGAUAGCUCGGAUGAUCGGAAUUCUGUUCAAAAAUUCAUUGAACGUUUUCGGUCUAGAGAGGCUUUGAACUUGACGUGGGUUUGUCAGUACAUCCAACGUAAUAUGGAUAAGGUUAAAACCUCCUCAAAUAACGAGUGUGGCGAAGUGCAACCCAUUUCUCCUAACUUUUCUUGUACCCCGACUGGAAAGGUCGACUCCGGUUCCUCGGAUGCCAAAGAUCGCCUCACUAACCUGAUCGAAAAUUUGAUUUCCUCUGAUUUGGGUACAUCAUCAAAGAUUGAAAGCUCCAGUUCGAAGAUUCCAGCGCAUCAAAUGAAAAAGAAAAACAAACAAAGAAUCCAAAACUGUUCAACUCAGCUCAUGGACAACCACUUUAAAAUGCAAGAAGCCAUAAGACCAUCCGCAAUCGUGAACCUCUACCAACCUCUGUCAACUCCCGAUGUAUCUUCAACUUCUUCAAUCAACGAGGAAAAACUACUUGCAUACAGGAACUGGGCGAAUAACAGGUACAAUUCUUUCCAUGAAGAACUUCAUUCGAGUCUGGAUAAACGCGUUGUCGCUGCUGCUGAUGGGAGUCGGCGUAGACGAGGUUCGGCCGCGCGUUUGGACAUGGGAGUGUGGAGCACAGACAUUAUCCCCAGGGGCACGAAAUUUGGACCCCUCAAAGGGGUUGUCUACAAACCCCACGAGCUUCCCCUCAUACAGAACAAAAACUUCCUCUGGCGGGUCUACAACGAGAACAACGAGCUGGACCACUACAUCGACGGUCAGAACACCAGCAGGAGCAACUGGAUGCGCUUCGUCAACCCCGCCAUGAGCGCCCAUACGCAGAACCUUGUCGCAUGCCAGCACGACGGUGAGAUAUUCUUCAUCACGACGCGCACCAUCCAGGCAGGCACGGAGCUGUUGGUGUGGUACUGCAAGGAGUUCUCCCAGCGCCUCAACUACCCCUCCUCUGCUGGCCAGAUGAUACAGCGACUGCAAGACACGUGCAUUCCGUCGUCUGAAGUUCUAUCCUCUUCGACAUCGCAUGCAGCUUCGCCCACUCAAAGCCGCAGCGAUAUCGAGGCAGAACCUGGAUACGCUCCUUCCCCCCAUGACUACGAUCCCCCAAACCACCUUCUGGAUCCCCCUAACCACCUCCUGGAUCCCCCUAACCACCUCCUGGAUCCCCCUAACCACCUCCUACACCCGAACCAGAGCAGUCAUGUGGUCCAGAGCGGGAACCUUGAAGUCGACAGUCGUAGUCGGGCCGAUGAAGGAUAUUGUAGCACGAGUCCUUCACGCACCAACGAUGUCGAGGAAUACAACUCAGAUGCGAUCGUCAACGAAAACAACUACAAUACAGAGAAGCUAUACAGGGAGACGGAAUACAGAUCGCCUGAGUACACUGAGCCUGUCAAUGAGCCUAUCAACUAUUGCACGAAGAUGUCAGAGAAAGAUGCGUAUAUGAAGUCAGACGACGUCGAAGGAAUGGAUGUCGACCGCAAAGAAAGCGACCACAAAACUGACAAUGCUGCCGGCUGCCGUAAGCUCAAAAUCGCUUGGACCAAAACAUACAUCGGUAGCACCCAAGCCCACAAAGACCAUGACGGUGUAUCUUCAUCUGAUAACUGUCAUUAUGAUCACCCCGAUUAUAUUAUACCUGAUAAUUUCAAUGAAGAGCUCGUAAAGAAAGAAGAAAAAGAUAACCAUAUCUUUGGUGUACAGCCACUCUUAAAAAGUUUACCAGAUGACAAGUUCCGCAAGGAAUUGACUGUACUACAACCAGCUGUUCUGGACAGGCGGGAUAUUCUUCAGAAUAUUCAUCCAGCCGUACAAGUCACCCGUGCAAGUCAAUAUCACAAACUGAAUCCUUUCCACGAGCGACUCUCUCCCCCAGGAGAUAUGGACAUAACUUACAACAAUAUUUUAAAGACGCAGAGACGAAACCGAACCAAUGAAAUCAGGCCGCCUACAGAAGCCAUGCAUUAUGAAAACCGAUAUAACUUAGACGCCGGUGAGAAAUUAUCCCCGAUAGCCUCAGCGCGGCGAUUCCAGGGACAUUCCAUUGAAUAUGGGAAUCCAGAUUCUUCAGUAGCUGAUUCUCCACGGUCGUCAUUUAACGUGUCGUCUUCGGGACGGAUGUCGCUGGCUGCGCUCAUUCCUCAAGAUCCACGAGUUACUGUGACCCCCGACACCCACCUAAACUACACCCAUGAUCCACCUGGCGCUCCAUCCGCUUCCAUUCUAGAGUCCAUUUUACAGAGAAAUCGUGAUCCCGCUCAUCGAUCCCCAAUUCCCAUGCAAAUUUCGCCUUUAUCUUCACCGCAAUCCAGAACGUCGCCCCCGUCCAGCAUGACUGCCGACUCCUCUUCAACUCACUUGACGCACUCUGACAAAGACGUGUACAACCCCCACGCUGGCUACGGCUCCAUGCCGCCGGUCAUGUCGACUGCCACUAUGCCAAUUUAUUACGCAAACGAUGGAUGCAUGCCUCCGGAAUCGGCAAGCACUGGAAACUUCCCGCAAUCGACGCCCAUGAACCAACACCUCACCAUUUCCAUUCCAGCUUCGUCCGGACUUUCAACGCCUCCCUCUUCUUCAUCACAUUCGAGCAACAGUAGUGGCGAAGGUUCUCCUCCUAGCACAUCCCAAAGAGGUUUCCGUUCACUGCCGUAUCCUCUGAACAAAAAAGACGGCAAAAUGCAUUACGAGUGCAACAUUUGCAAGAAGACUUUCGGGCAACUUUCGAACCUCAAAGUCCACCUCAGAACUCAUUCGGGUGAAAGGCCUUUCCACUGCAAUCAGUGUUCAAAAACCUUCACCCAACUCGCGCACCUCCAGAAACACAACCUCGUACACACAGGCGAGAAACCUCACGAAUGUUCCGUCUGCCACAAGAGGUUUAGCUCAACUUCCAACCUCAAGACUCACAUGAGGCUGCAUUCGGGUUCCAAGCCAUUUGAAUGCGAGUUGUGUUCAUCAAAGUUCACACAGUACGUGCAUCUGAAGCUACACAAGCGUAUCCAUACAAACGAGAGACCCUUCAACUGCUCCAUGUGCAAGAAGAGAUACAUCAGCGCCUCUGGACUCCGCACUCACUGGAAAACCACGGCGUGCGGCCCUACAGACAGUGAAGAAGAUAGGGAAGCUCAACGCACCUUGCAGAAGAUGACCGAUGUUGGGAGUUGCGAGUCCCCAAGCUACGACGAAAUGAACGCCAGCAACAGCCCCACGACUGGGGAAUACAGCCCCAGCAACCUGGCCUCCAUGUCCCCAGAAGCUCUAAGAGAUGCGUACAAAGAGAGCAUUAGCAGCGGGGACUCACAUAUGUCAUCUGGAAGUGAGAGUCCUGUACAGACUGCACCUCUUGACCUGCAGCAGUCCUACAACAUGCUCCCUCCAAAAAUACCUAAGUCUCCCAAGUCCUACCACUUGUCUAAGUCAUCAGUGGCCGCACUAAAAGAGGUUAUCUCGCCACCAAGAAGUGUUCUAUCUCCACCACAUUCCAUCUUAUCUCCACCACUGAGCACUGGAAGCAACUCCCCACCUCCACUUCACAGACCACAGAUGCCUAUUUCACCGCCUAAUGAAUCCCAAAACCGAUCUUUCUUAAACGCAGUUCACCCACCUAUUAAUGGGCACAAUCUGCAGCACAGCGUUCACUCUUCCAUGCUGCACAAGCUGCAACAUAACUCUACUAACGGCUACAGUUCAAGACUUGAUAUCAAGUGUGAAACUGACUCGCGUAAAGGAGUUAUUAAACCCAAUACUAAAAUUCCCGUACAAUGCUCUUAAGUACUCGUCAGAUUCUGUCCACGUGAUAAGCUGUACAAAAAUUCUCAAUUGUGAUUGCAAGAAUGAGGUCUUGGAAACGUGAUGGUUUCUAUAUUGAACUUUUGUCUCUUUCUGAGACAACACGACUUGUAGAAAAAUAAAAUUCUUUAUCCAAUAGAAAAUACUCGGAAAUUUUAUUGAAUUCCACGUUCUCAGUGUUGUGAAUAUUUAAAAGCUGUAAUUAUAUUUUGAAAAUAUGUUUGUUCCUUUGGUGGAUGUUCAAAGCUUGAAACUUGAAGUCAAAGGCCCCGUCUUUAUUAGAAAUGUUAAUGGAAAUUGAAAAUUUUGAAUGUAAUAGAAUUAAAAAAUUAUUUGGGAUGGGCAUGAGGCCUUACUCAUACAAGAUGAUAUCUUGCGCCUCUUUGUUUUCUGUGUGUACUUUCCUGAAUGCGAUUGUUGCUUUAUCAGUAAAGAACGAGCAGCUGUGCCUCCCUUGCUCUUGAAUGGAUUAAGAAAUUUUUGCAAAUAGAAAAGAAAAUUGCUCUAGAUGUAAAUUUUACCAACAGUAAUUUGCAACUUUAUGAAAAAAUUAUAUUGUUAAUCAAAUCUAGGAAAUCUUUUAUUUCUAGAGCUCAGUCUCAUCCAUGAUUGUAUUACUUAUCAUAAGCUUUUAGCUAGGACUUUCGAAAAACAAAAAAAUCUGUCGAAGUAAGAUUUCAGGAAUAAAAUUGACCAGAAUCUGUUGACAAAUGUUUCAAGUAUCAAGACUCUAAUUUCUAAUCAUAAGGCUUAUUUUAAAUUUACAUUUUUUCUCAUUUGCGUCCGUUUUUUCUUGUUUGUUUGUAUAUUAGAUUUUAAUGAACAAUAUCUGUAUUCUCAAUAACUCGUGAAAUUGUUUCUUCAAUAACGUGUCACAUGAGCCUGUUGUUAAAAGCACGUCAGCGAAGCGAAACAGAAGUCUCUUCAUUCCAUCCCUUCUUCCUCGUCCAUGAUCUUCUAUUCCGUCCCAAUCUCUGUAACAAAGUUCGUCCAUUAUAUUUUAUUCCGUCCUCUCAUCCUUAUCCAUUCCGUCCUCUCAUCCUUAUCCAUUCCGUCCCCUCAUCCUUAUCCAUUCCGUCCCCUCAUCCUUAUCCAUUCCGUCUUCUCAUCCUUAUCCAUUCCGUCCCGUCAUCUACCACGGCCGUCCAUCUCGCCCACUCCGUCCUUCCCGUCCACUUCUAUCCUCUAAUUACUCAUAUGUUCUUAUCACUUCUUGUUUCUUAAGAACUUCUCACAUUUGUUACAAAUAUAUCUUAUUGCUUGAGUUUCGUAACAUGUUUUGUUGUUACAUUGUCGUGAGAUGUUCUUGAUUGUCCUUUUUACGACAUGGGAGUUUAAUUUCUUGUUCAUUGAUUGCGUUAACUUUGGAUAAUUUAUGAUAUUGAUGGAUUUCUUUGUGCUGCUGUUGAUAUUCUACCUGUUAAGGAAACAUUUAAUUUGGAAUGAUCAGUUAUUUCGACGGCCGGAGAACAUAAAAGAUAUUCUAAUUUCCGUGAACUGAUAAGAUACUGACUUGACGACAUGGACUGAUAAGAUACUGACUUGACGACGUGGACUGAUAAGAUACUGACUUGACGACGUGGACUGAUAAGACACUUGACGACGUGGACUGAUAAGAUAAAGAGUUGACGACGUGGACUGAUAAGAGACUGACUUGACGACGUGGA